AUGUUGGUCGAGCUGCUCUUCCAGGCUGCCUGUGUGUCCCUGGUCCUCCCCGGCGCCCAGGGCAGGGUGUACCCCGCGAGGAAGAAGCCGGCCAGCUUUGCUGUGGAGAGGCGCCGCGCGGGGCCGCACGUUUGCUUCUCGAGCUUCGGCAGUGGAUGUUGCCCCGGGUGGAUGCUGUCGCCGGGCAGCGGGCAGUGCACCCUGCCACUCUGCCCCUUUGGCUGCGGCAGCGGCUUGUGCAUCGCCCCUAACCUCUGCUCUUGCCCGGAUGGCGAGCAAGGCAUCACUUGCCCAGAGCCGCCCGGGACGUGCGGCGAGUACGGCUGCGACCUCUCCUGUAACCACGGCGGGUGCCAGGAGGUGGCCCGCGUCUGCCCCCUCGGCUUCUCCAUGCAGGAGACGGCCAACGGCGUCCGCUGCACGGACAUCGACGAGUGCCUGAGCGCCGCUUGCGAGGGGCUCUGCGUCAACACCGAGGGCGGCUUCGUGUGCGAGUGCGGCCCGGGCAUGCAGCUCUCCGCCGACCGCCACAGCUGCCAGGACACGGACGAGUGCCUGGCCACGCCGUGCCAGCACCGCUGCAGGAACAGCGUGGGCAGCUACCGCUGCUCCUGCCGCCCGGGCUAUCACCUGCACGGCAACCGGCACUCGUGCGUGGAUGUCAACGAGUGCCGGCGGCCGGGGGAGAGACGGGCCUGCCAGCACUCCUGCCACAACACGCCGGGCAGCUACGUGUGCUCCUGCCGCCCCGGGUACCGCCUCGGCGGGGACAGGGUGUCCUGCGAAGGGCUCCCCAAAUCCAUCCUGGCCCCGUCCCCCAUCCUGCAGUCCCUGCAGCACCCGCCCACUCUCCUCCUGCUCCCUCCUGGCUCUGGGGGACCCCUCCUGGUCCCCAGGGGCUCCCCGUCUCCCCACCUGCCGGCUCCGGGCACCCAGGCACCUUCCUUCCCCGCUGCCCCCUCGCCCGCCGCGGACGUGUUGGUGCUGCGGACGGAGGGAGCUCCCGGCCCCGCCGCGCCGUCACCGGCGCCGCCAGCGCCUCGCUGCUGGCACCGGGGAGCCCCCCGGGCGCAGGGCGCGCGCUGGACGGAGCCCGGCUGCCGGAGCUGCGCCUGCCACGUGAGUGCCCCGGCUGCCCGGGCUGGCGGCCGCGCGGCCUCGCCGCUCAGCGCGGCCUCGCCGCUCAGCGCGCUCCUGCCCGUGCAGGCAGGGCGAGUGCUGUGCGAGCCCGUGAGCUGCCCCGCGGCCUGCUCCCACCCGCUGCCCGCCCCCGACGGCGGCUGCUGCCCCAGCUGCUCAGGCUGCCUGCACGACGGGGUGGCCCGGGCCGAGGGGGACGUCUUCUCGCUGCCCGACGGGAACUGCACGGUGUGCGUGUGCCUGGCUGGCAAYGUCUCCUGCAUCUCCCCGGAGUGCCCUCCAGGCCCCUGCCCCAGCUCCUCCGCUGCUGAUUGCUGCUCCUGCCAGCCAGCAAAGUGCAACUUUCACGGCCGCACGUACGUGCACGGAGCCCGCUUCAGUCUGGAUGGGGAUGACUGCACCACCUGCGUCUGCCAGGGCGGUGAGGUGGAGUGCUCCUUCGCCCCGUGUCCCGCGCUCGACUGUCCUCAGCACGAGUGGCACCUGGGCCCCGGGCAGUGCUGCUUCGCCUGCCGGGACCCCCCGGCCCCCUCAGGUUGCUUCGUGGAUGACAACGGCGUGGAGUUCCCCGUCGGACAGAUCUGGUCUCCGGGCGAUCCCUGUGAGUUAUGCAUCUGCCAGGCAGAUGGGUCCGUGAGCUGCAAGCGGACGGACUGCGUGGAGACGUGUCCCUACCCCAUCCGGAUCCCCGGGCAGUGCUGUCCCGACUGCUCAGCAGGCUGCACCUACAUGGGAAGGAUCUUUUACAACAACGAGACGUUCCCGUCUGUCCUGGACCCCUGUCUAAGCUGCAUCUGCCUGCUGGGCUCCGUGGCCUGCUCGCCCGUGCACUGUGCCAUCUUCUGCACGUACCCGUUCCACGCCGAAGGGGAAUGCUGCCCCGUCUGCAAGGAUUGCAACUACGAGGGCAGGAAGGUGGUGAACGGCCAGACGUUCAGCCCCGAGGGUGAGCCCUGCACCCGCUGCACGUGCCAGCUGGGCGAGGUGAGCUGCGAGAAGAGGCUGUGUCCCCAGUCCUGCGYGGAGCCCGCGCUGCUCCCCGCUGCCUGCUGCCCGCCCUGCCAAGGGGCCUCCGUGGUGCAUGUGCGUGGCGAGGAGGAGGAGGAGGGGGGCUGA